AUGGCCAGAGGAGCCAUGCUCCCCUCCCUGCCUACGCUGACCGUCCUGGUUCCCCUCCUGUCCCUGGCGGGGUUGUUUUACUCGGCCAGCGUCGAUGAAACCUUCCCGCAGGGCUGCACCAGCACCAACAGCUUAUGUUUCUACAGCCUCCUCCUUCCCAUUACAAUACCAGUUUAUGUAUUCUUCCACCUGUGGACCUGGAUGGGGAUUAAGCUUUUUAGGCACAACUAG